AUGUGGUUGGGUCUAGCCCUACUAUUUACAAAGGUCUACACAUUCAACCCAUUUUCUUCCUCUAGAUCAUCACAAAGCCUUAAUACUUUAUCUGAUUACAUAGCUUCGAGGAAGAAUCCGCACAUACCUCCAGAACAGAUAAAAUUUCCCAGCACUAAAUUAGGAAUUAAAGCCAUGCAACGCUGGGGACGUAGAUACGAAAAUGAACUCAAACAUCGCAAUGACAACUACUCUGGCCAUUUGCAAACGUCGCAGCCAGAACCUGAAACAAUAGAAUCCAUGAUGGAAGAGGAUGUUGUUGAUUGGCCAAAGCCAGUGUUUAGAAAGGCAAAUUUAUCCCUUUGGUUUAAGAAUAAACAGGGAUCGCCGUACAGUGCUUAUAAGAACCUACAUGGCACAUGGGAAGUAGGUCAAUACCAAUACUCCUUUGAUAGAAUCCAAUCAGAUCCUUUCGCCCCUCCUUCAAAUCUACGAAUAAGACUACCACAGGAUAUAGCCCAAUUUCCUCCAGAAUUUUACAGUACAAGAAUACAUAAUAUUGCAUUAUGUGACUACAUAGCUAGGAAAGCUUUUGAAAUUUUGGAUCCAGCACACAAAAUACACAUAGUAAAGCCUACCCAAUUGGUACUAGAAAGGUCAAGUGUCGUGAUUAAUAACAAUUUUGUUGAAUUGAGACUAUUUGCCAAUUUGCCGUCGCAUGGUAGGAGAAUAUCUGGAAAACAUGCUUCUGUCGUGUAUUGCCAAACUUUGCCUAAGGUAUUGAACAAAAUCCUCAAAUUCGAACACCACAACUACAAUGAUAUCAAGACACACGUGGCGUGCAUUCAGGAUCAAGAGUUCCUUAGAGGCAAAUUGGAUGAUUUGGGGCUUGUUGCGUUUGUGAAAGAUGGUUCAAUUCUUCCUCGGAUCUCUGGUUCAUCAGACGAGCCACUCAUAGCAGAUACGUUACCAUUUGUGUCCCCAGAAUCGCUACGAGUUGAGAUAGAUUUACCAAAUGCCGGAAAAAUAAUAGGGAUGGGGUUAAAAAAGGGUGUAACUAUUAUAGUAGGUGGUGGUUAUCAUGGGAAAACCACCCUUUUAGAGGCGUUGCAAAUGGGAGUUUACAACAAGGUUCCUGGAGAUGGCAGAGAAUACACAGUAAUAAGUCCCAAAGCAGUUAAGAUACGAUCUCAAGAUGGCAGGCCUGUAACACGGUGCAACAUGUCUAUAUUCAUUGAUAACUUGCCAAACGGAAAGGUUGGAUCUGAUUUUUCCACAAAAGAUGCAUCUGGUUCUACUUCCCAAGCCGCUUCUAUAAUGGAAUCCAUCGAACUAGGUGCUGAUACCCUACUUUUGGAUGAAGAUAUUUCUGCGUCUAAUUUGCUAUACCGCGAUGAUAUAAUGGAAAAAUUAGUCACUUCUGAGCCAAUAACACAAUAUAUUAACACAAUAAGACCUUUUUAUGAGAAUUUGGGGGUGUCAACUAUACUAAUUUCUGGGUCUUGUGGACGAUUUCUGCAAAAGGCACACACCAUAAUUCAGAUGGAAAACUAUAAGCCCAUAGAUCUUACAUCCAAAGUUAAAAAUUCACUAUUAGAUAGUAUAAUUCCAGUGAAAGAUGUAGAGUUGUCACAGCCAACAUCACAGAGGACAAUAUCUCCUGAAUCAUUCAUUCGCUGUAGAAAGAUUAGACACGUUGGGAAGGAUAUAAUUACUCACAACGAAGAUAUAAACCUUAUUGAUUUGGAACAGUUGUGUGAGUGGACCCAAACCAACACCAUCACUAACAUAAUCAUCAAUCUGGAACAAUACUACAAACGAGAACUCAAUAGAUUAAAGGAUUUGCUUGAAAACAUAUACAAAGUUCUGGAGGGAGAUACCAAGGCUUUAGACCUUGAAACUGGCCUUUGUGGACUCGAUAAAUUUACUGGUUUCAAAACCUUCCCAGUGGGUGAUAUGACUAUGCCACGAUUAUUUGAGGUGGGAGCUGCAAUAAAUCGCAUGAGGUCUUUAGUGGUCUCUAAAAUAGAUAAUAAUGAAGUAAAUUAA